AUGUCUAUGGCUUACUUCGGCACUGAUGGUUAUCUUCAAAUGAAUGCAAAUGUUGCUACUUUAGCCACAUCGUUAUGCAUUUGUAUUUUCGUAAUCGGCUGUGGAUUUCGAUAUUUCCUACGGUAUUGCUGCAAACUUCGUUCGAAACGUCCUCUACCGAAUUAUACAACCCAGUACUACAUCACAAAUUCAGGACCUCGUUGAUUCGUGUUGGAACCAUCAGUCCUCGAUCCGGAACAUUCUGCUGAAUCUCCCAAUCCUCCUCGAUAUGAAGACGCUUUGAAGCCGGUGUCUGCUCCACCACGAUACGAACUGGAAUCGAAUGCUUCGAGUUCACCACCAAGAAGUGUAGAACUUCCUCCAAGCGGACGGACGACGGCUCGAAUCGAAUCAUCAGUGGACGAAAUAUCUUCCCUCGAUGGAGAAGUUGAAGACAUGAAAUCGCCACGUCUAUCCCGUGGACAGCAGAAGAUGCUCGCCUGUUCAUCAAAAGCUCGAAACUGA